AUGACGGGGGAAACCAGGUCUUCAUGGUGGCCCCUGUGGCUCUUAGCCUUAAUGGGGUUCUUUCAUUCUGCAGAGGCCCUGGAGUUUGGGGGAGCACCGGGUCAGUGGGCUCGUUAUGCCCGCUGGGAGGCAGGCUCAAUCGGAGAGUUAAGCUUCAGUCUGAAGACUAAUGUGAGCAAGGCUCUUGUACUGUACCUGGAUGAUGGAGGCAACUGUGACUUUCUCGAGCUCCUGAUUUCAGAGGGAUAUCUGAAGCUGCGUUUUGCCAUCCACUGCGCUGAGCCAGCCACCAUCCACAUGGAGACUCGCGUCAGUGACGACCGCUGGCACAUGGUCCUCCUCACUCGCAACUAUCGUGAGACUAUGCUCAUGGUAGAUGGUGAGACCAAAGUGGCAGAGGUCCGCUCUAAGCGCAGGGAGAUGGCCGUUGUGAGCGACCUAUUUGUGGGAGGAAUUCCACCGGAUGUUCGCCUGUCUGCUCUCACCUCCAGCACAGUGAAGUACGAGCCUCCUUUUCUGGGCCUUAUUUCCAACUUAAAGGUGGGCGAGAUGCCUCCUACUCUGCUCAACAGCCAAGGAAUUCAGAGUGACCUGGAGUACUUGUGUACCAAGCAGAACCCAUGUCUCAAUGGAGGAUUCUGUGUUGUCCAGUUUGGAGAGGUACAUUGUGAUUGCUCUCACACACGCUUCAGGGGGAAAUACUGCAAGGAAGAAGAUUACCCCGUGGAAGGUCUGGCGCACCUGACGUUAAACAGCCAAGGUGAUUCAUCCCAAGUGGCAGGUAAAGAAGAAUCGGUGGCGACAUUCAAAGGCAAUGAAUUUUUCUGCUAUGACCUGUCCAUGACCCCUAUCCAGAGCAGCACGGACGAAAUCACACUGUCCUUCCGAACCCUGCAGCGAAAUGGCCUCAUGCUCCACACAGGCAAAUCUGCUGAUUACGUGAACCUUUCUCUGAAGAGCGGCGCCGUCUGGCUCGUCAUCAACCUAGGCUCUGGUGCCUUCGAGGCACUCGUCGAACCCGUCAACGGCAAGUUUAAUGACAACACCUGGCACGACGUCAAGGUCACGCGCAACCUGCGGCAGCACUCAGGCAUUGGACACGCUAUGGUAAACAAACUGCAUUAUAUGGUGACCAUAUCAGUGGAUGGCAUUUUGACCACCACUGGUUACACACAGGAGGACUAUACCAUGUUGGGCUCAGAUGAUUUCUUCUACAUCGGUGGGAGUCCUAACACUGCUGACCUUCCAGGAUCACCAGUCAGCAACAACUUCAUGGGAUGCCUUAAAGAUGUUGUAUACAAGAACAAUGACUUCAAGCUGGAACUGUCCCGGUUGGCCAUCGAGCGCGACCCAAAGAUCAGUCUCCACGGUGACUUGGUGUUCCGCUGUGAGGACGUAGCAGCGCUCGACCCCGUGACCUUCGAGACACCUGAGUCAUAUAUCGCACUCCCACGCUGGGACACCAAAAAGACAAGUUCCAUCUCUUUUGAUUUCCGGACAACAGAACCCAGCGGAUUGCUUCUCUUCAGCCAUGGCAAGCCACAGGGCAACAAAGAGCAACGUCAUGGGCGCGAGCUGAAAACGGACUACUUUGCCAUGGAGCUGCUGGACGGCUUCUUGUACCUGCUGAUGGACAUGGGCUCCGGUAGCGUCAAGCUCAAAGCCAGUAAUAAGAAGGUCAACGAUGGGGAGUGGUGUCACGUCGACUUUCAAAGGGAGGGGAGAAAAGGUUCCAUUUCGGUAAACAGCCGCACCAUGCCCUUUAACUCCAAUGAGGGGAGUGAGAUUCUUGAUCUGGACAGCGAUAUGUAUCUCGGCGGGCUUCCCGAGUCUCGCCAGGACCUCAUCCUUCCCCCCGAGGUGUGGACGGCAUUGCUCAACUAUGGUUAUGUUGGCUGCGUUCGCGACCUCUUUAUCGAUGGAAAAAGCCGUGAUGUCCGCCGCUUGGCUGAAAUCCAGAGUGCUCCGGGGGUCAGCAGUUUCUGUACACGGGAACUCCAGAAGAGGUGCAGCAGCACCCCGUGUGGAAACGGAGGACUCUGCAAGGAGGGUUGGAACCGAUACAUCUGUGAUUGCACAGGCACUGGGUACCUGGGCAGCAAUUGUGAGAUAGAGGCUACAGUGCUGAGCUAUGAUGGCAGCAUGUAUCUGAAGAUCAUCAUGCCGAGCACCAUGCACACCGAGGCCGAGGACCUGGCCCUGCGCUUCAUGUCCCAACGAGCCUACGGCCUCCUGGUGGCCACCACCUCCAAAGAAUCUGCAGAUACGCUCCGUCUGGAGCUGGACGGUGGAAGGGUCAAGCUCACUGUCAAUCUGGAUUGUAUCAGGAUAGACUGUAACCUCAGUAAAGGUCCUGAAACUCUGUAUGCUGGCCAGAAGCUCAACGAUAACGAAUGGCAUUCAGUAAAAGUGGUGCGCAGAGGCAAGAACCUGCAGCUGUCUGUGGACAAUGUCACCACUGAAGGUCAGAUGACUGGAGCCCACACACGUCUUGAGUUCCACAACAUUGAGACAGGCAUCAUGACGGAAAGACAGUUCAUCUCUGUUGUCCCAUCCAACUUCGUCGGCCACCUACAGGGACUGUCGGUCAAUGGUGUGCCCUACCUUGACCAGUGCAAGAACGGUGACAUCUCCUACUGCGAGCUCAACGCCCGCUUUGGCAUGCGCCAUAUCAUUGCUGACCCUGUAACCUUCAGGAGCAAAGGAAGUUACCUGGCACUGGCUACACUGCAGGCGUAUGCCUCCAUGCACCUGUUCUUCCAGUUCAAGACCACCAGCUCUGAUGGCCUGAUCCUCUACAACAGUGGAGAUGGAAGUGAUUUCAUUGUGGUGGAGCUGGUCAAAGGGUAUAUCCACUACGUCUUUGACCUGGGCAAUGGACCCUCUCUGAUGAAAGGCAACUCAGACAAGCCACUGAAUGACAACCAGUGGCACAACGUGGUGGUUUCCCGUGACACUAACAACAUGCACACACUGAAAAUCGACUCCCACACCGUCACCCAGCACUCCAAUGGAGCCCGCAAUCUGGACCUUAAAGGAGAGCUGUACAUAGGUGGUGUGGGGAAGACGAUGUAUAACAGUCUGCCCAAGCUGAUUGCGUCCCGGGACGGUUACCAGGGCUGCCUGGCGUCCGUGGACCUGAAUGGGAGGCUGCCAGACCUGAUUGCAGAUGCCCUCCACAGGGUGGGCCAGGUGGAACGAGGAUGCGACGGACCCAGCACCACCUGCACGGAGGACUCUUGCCAUAAUCAGGGGGUGUGUCUGCAGCAGUGGGAGGGCUUCUCAUGCGACUGUAGCAUGACGUCCUAUGGAGGCUCAUACUGCAGCGAUCCUGGGACUACCUACAUCUUUGGCCGUGGAGGAGCCCUCAUCACCUACACAUGGCCUCCCAAUGACAGGCCUAGUACACGGGCAGACCGACUGGCUGUAGGCUUUAGCACACAACUUAAAGAGGCUGUACUGCUACGAGUGGAGAGUGCCAAAGGACUGGGAGACUACCUAGAGCUUCACAUAGAGCGAGGGAAGAUCGGUGUCAUCUUCAACGUGGGAACAGACGAUAUCACAAUCGAGGAGAAUGGAGUGGUGGUGAGCGAUGGCAAAUAUCACGUGGUGCGCUUUACUAGAAGUGGCGGCAACGCUACGCUGCAGGUGGACAACCAGCCUGUCAUCGAACGUUUCCCAUCAGGGAACUUUGAUAAUGAGCGCCUGGCUAUUGCCAGACAAAGAAUCCCAUACAGACUUGGUCGGGUAGUAGACGAGUGGCUACUCGACAAAGGUCGGCAAUUGACGAUCUUUAACAGCCAGGCGUUCAUAAAAAUCGGCGGUGGUGAAAAAGGCCGCAACUUCCAGGGUCAGAUCUCGGGCCUGUAUUAUAACGGCCUGCAGGUCCUAAAGCUAGCAGCGGAGGGAGACCCGAAUGUGCAAGUGCAGGGCAACCUGCGUUUGGUGGGCGAAGUGCCCUCGGUCCUCACCACAGACACCACGUCCACCACACCGCUUGCAGACAUGUCCACCACUAUUAUGGAGACCACCACCACCAUGGCCACCACCACCACCCGCAAGCAGCGCUCACCUACCAUGAGAGACACUGUUACACAGAACACAGAUGAUCUGCUAGUAGCAUCAGCAGAAUGUCCUAGUGAUGAUGAGGAUUUAGAGGAGUGCGAGCCUGGUGGAGGUGAAUUAGUGUUGCCCAUAAUAACCGUGGAUUCCCUAGAUCCCCCUUCAGUCGCAACAAGGUACCCAGUUAUCCCUCCACCCCCUACCUACCAUCCAUUCCUCACACUGCUCGAGACCACAAAAGAGUCCAUGUCCCCUUCCAAUGGCCACACGCCAUGUCCAGUGGACCAAGAAGACUGUGAGGAGGCCAUGGAGGUCUCGGCUUAUGGCUCGGGUGAGAUGACCGAGUCAGACGAUGAGGACUAUAACAAAAACUCCCACCUUGUCACAGAUCGAACCGUACUUCCGCCUCCUCCAGCAGUAGCCGAAAACCCACGUGGUGAUCGCCACUUUUCUCGACAUCCUCCCAACUCCCAGCGGCCCCUGCUUCCAUCCACCCCCACAACCUCACCACGACUCAAACCCAGUAUCAAUAGUGGUCCUAAUAUUCCAGCGGGCAAAAUGAACACCCGAGAUCAAGUGCUCCUGCCACCCGUCCAGCCUUCUGGGGAUCCCGAACAUGGUGGGCGGCAUAGACACGUUCCAGGUAUAACCAACCCUCCCAAUUUUCCUACUGCAGAGCCUUCAUCUCCUGACCGAGGCCCUCCAGGAGCGGUGGAGGUGAUCCGGGAGUCCAGCAGCACCACAGGGAUGGUGGUGGGGAUCGUCGCGGCAGCUGCCUUGUGCAUCCUCAUCCUCCUGUACGCCAUGUACAAAUAUCGGAACCGAGAUGAAGGAUCAUAUCAAGUGGACCAGAGCCGCAACUAUAUCAGCAAUUCGGCCACGCAGAGCAAUGGGACGCUGGUAAAGGAGAAGCAGUCUGGUACAACCAAAACAGGCACCAAGAGCAAGAAGAACAAAGACAAGGAAUACUACGUCUGAGCUCAGGCUUGACAGGGACGGAGACAGAACAGAGAGAGAGAGAGAGAGAGAGAGAGAGGAAGGUGGAAUACUGAGGGAACAGGGAUGGUGAAAGUUCUGCUUUUUGUUGGCAAUCAUUUUUCUCAUUCACCCUUCUCUACUAUUGAUUCCAUUCCCAAACAAGUUCUAUGAAAUAACAGAUUGAGAUUGCUUUUUUCCUUCCAAUUUUUUGAUAAA